AUGUCGUCGCCUCGACUCGGCGUCUGCAGAAAAUCAAUGCUGAGCAACCCGCUGCACAUCAAGGCUCCUCUGGGUCAGAGCCGGUCCAGAGGUCUGACUGUUCCUGGUCCAGACUUCACUUUUGGAACCAGCAGCAGCUCACUAAAAGAUGGAGGCGUGGCUGAAGUGAUGAGUGUGUCCUGCAGGCCGUCGUCUCCGCUGUCAGACCUCCUGUCUCACCAGUACGGACGCAGCUGGUUGGACGAGCAGCUGAACAGGAAGCAGAGCAGCAUCACACACCAGGUCCAACCACGAGGAGCUGCUGAAACCAGAACCAGCCUGCUGAGGAGGAGCCAAGCUUUACCUGUCACACACACACCUGCACACCUGUCUCACUUCACACAGGUAUCUCCGGCUCUGGACACCUUCAGAGAACCUGCGGCUCGUGUUCGGGCCUUCAGGCUGAGCGGUGGAACCGGGCGUCCAGGAGAACCUCAGGGGACUGUCGGGACAGAACCGAGGGCAGAAGAACCUCUGAAGACAAAUAAACAGUGAAACUGUC